CACAGUGUAGCAUCAGUUAUAUAUUUGCGCUCACGUGUGAUUACUCGAAUAUACAUAGUUUCUUAAACUCAUACUAAAAUUUAAAAUUCUAAAAAUUCAUAUUCCGGAGCACAGAAUUCUUAGAAAUAGCUAUAUACCUACUAUUGGUACCUAAUUUAAACAUUAUUUUCGUAAAUAAAUAUAUUUUUUGUGAAUUGUAUUCAACCACCAACUGUGAUAGCUGGUACGGAAUUGAGGAGUUAAUUAUUUAGCUAACAAAUUGGAUAACUGAAGACAACUGCAGUUUAAAAAUGAAAGUUUUAUUUUUGCUACUAGGAAUUAGUGUGAUCGCAGGUUUCGAUCUGGAUGGCUUUAGAGUUACAUAUGGCCCGUUAGAAAAUAUCAAGGAAUAUUUUUUCAAAAUCCCACGUACAGUCGAAGAGGCGAAGAUGGAGGGUUGGUCCUAUGCUGAACGACCUCCUGGACCUUUACAGCAGUUGAAAAUGUACUGCUCGCCUGGAUGGUACAUCUGUCCACUGUAUGCACCUGAUUUCAUCGCUGGACUGCAGAUAGCCCUCCCAGCCGAUGAUUUGUACACUGCAGCGAUUGACCCUAACAAGUGGUUUACCAAGUGGAAGACACCAGCCAAUGGCAGCGACCCUGGGAAAGUGUACUGGACUAUCACACAGUACUAUGUUUCUGAAGAAACCCUGGAAGCCGGCUGUGGUCCACAAGCUAUCAAUGGUUCAACACUGCAAGGUGAUGGCGUAUGGGUUCACGACCACAGUGGACAGCUCAUGCUCAUCCCACGAACCGAAGCUGAAAUCAAGUCAAAGACUCCAUUUACUAAACAAAACUGCAUACCUAGAAUGGGUACCCACUACCGGUACAACAUGACACGGGAGAUGCCCUGCGAAACCCAACUGCCUUGGUUCGCACUCACGAUUGAUGGACAACUAAUCGGCAGUGGUCUGCAGUUCUUUGGUGAUCUGACCAAACCGACGGAAUACAGGAAUUGGUUUGAGAGGAUCAGGAGCACUCGUACAAGUGCGAGGGCAGUUGUUCCGAUCGGACCGGAAUGUUAUUACGACUACGCAGACAAACAUCGCACUUUCAGUCUCCACAUAUACUUCAUGGACGACCCGGAGAAAAUAAAAUGCCGAUUGGAAGAUUCAGCAGAUCCGAGCACUCUUCUCGAAUUCAAUUGAGACUAAUCGAACUAUACAUUUAAAUUUCCGACAUUGUUGAGUGACAGUGGUGAGAAUUUCGAACCCGAGAGCAUUCCCAACUUCAAGAGAUAUUUAAUUUAUUUGUCCAAAUUGUAGGUAACCAACGAUAUUUUAUACUAUAGACAUGUUACGUGCCUACAAAAUCACCGUUAAAAGUGAUCCGAAUUUAGCUACUCAAAUGAACGCAUAGAUGCACAAUUUUGUGUUUACAUUAUAUAUUUAUUAGAAGGCUCAAAGUCACUAAGCGGGCGAUAGAGCGAGCUUUGCUUGGAGUUUCCCUGCGUGAUGGAAUCAGAAUGAUUAUUUGUUUUAAUAUUAAUUUAUGUUUCAAGAUGAAUAAAUGUAGAUUGUAAAAACUUGGGCACGAGGAAUGACUCACUGUAAUACAGUUUAAUACUAGUUUAUCAGUUGUUGUGACUAGUACCUAGGCUUCACACAUCUUUAUAUUGCAAUAAAAUGUAGGUAGGGGAACAUAGCCUGAGACGGCAUAGUGUUUGAGAUGGCAUAGUCGCUAUUUCUCUGUGAUUCGCUAACGAUUGACAUCAACACACACAAACAUAGAUGCCCCCGCGAAUAUGCAGCGACCUGUUCGUUUUCAGCGCGCUAAAACUGUACAAAGUGAAACUACGUCAGUUUGUAUAAAAUUCUGUUGCUUGAAAAAUUUUUGUCAAAUAGUUUUAACUAAUAUCACAAGCUCUGUGCGUGGCAUAUAAGGUAAGUCAGCAUGCAUUUUUGAAGGUCUAUUCAAUGACAUUAUAGGUGUAUUAAUUUGAUUAUUAUAGUUUCUGCUUAAAUUGAGAUGCAAAAAACUUUUGUUGGUUAAGUGCUUAAUGUAUGAGAUGGCAUAGGUGUAUGCCAUUUCACCCAAAAGGCAAUUUUAAAGCGUUUUUUUCCUCAAAACAUACUAGAAUAUUGUUUUUGUAUAAGUGAUUGAAAUAAUUGUCUGUUACAUAUCUCCAAAAUAUCACCAUACAUUUUUUUUAGAAUGGCGCCAUAUAUAUUAACAUAUCAACUAGCCAAUGCCAAGUUUGCCACCAAUGGCGUCACGCGGAAUGCAUCAGAUUACCGAAAACAGCAAAAAAAGUUAUAUGUGAUGUUUGUCUCUAAAUUGUUUCUAAAUUUCGAUACAUACUAACAUGACAAUUAAUUGGUUUUGCACGUUUAACCUUUAUAUGCCAUCUUACCCACUAGGGUAGGGUGAGAUGGAUUUUUGAGUCUUUUUUAUUAUUGAUUAUUUCUAUAAGAAUACUAAUUUGUGUUCAACUUUGGGACUGAUUAAUUAGCUAAAAAUAGAUGACUUUUUAAUAUAGACUGCCUUUUUAUAUCAAUUUCAAUUUGUGCACUUUGAUACACGAUGAUUUUAAAAUGUAUGCCAUCUCAGACCAUGUUCCCCUACUUACUAUAUAUUUAGCUACUUUAUUGUGCCGCCUAUUGUGCUUUUUCUUUUUUUUUCCAUUAUUUUUCUGUGUUGUAUGUUUCUUUGUGGUGAGCAAUAAAGUGUAUUUUCAUUUCAUUUCAUUUCAUUUUUACUUUACUGUUAAAUAUAAUUUUUAUAUGUAAUUUGCACAUGUAAAUAUUCAUCUUUAUUAAUAUUACUAAAGAUUUAGCUUAAGGUACAUAUUAUUAACUGUAACACUUUUGUACAAUAAAUAAAUAAACAAUUAAACAUG